AUGGCUCGUACAGACGAAGCAGAGUGGUGGUUUAACGCAGUGUACGAAGCCAUCCAGCAGAUUCCCUAUGGCAAAGUGACAUCCUACGGCCAUAUAGCUCGUCUGCUAGGACACCCUCAACGGUCUCGACAGGUUGGAAUCUGCCUCAAGCAUCUCCCGUCAAGCCCAGACGAGUAUUAUAACAACGACAACGUACCCUGGCAGCGAGUUAUCAAUUCAAAAGGGAUGAUAUCCCACCGCGGGCCGGGUUCGGCAGCGAGACAGGCAGAAGCUCUAGAGCAAGAAGGGGUCAUUGUACGCUCUGAUGGCAUGAAUGAGUUCUACGUCGACAUGGCGCAGUUCGGGUGGUUCCCAGAUCGGCUGCCCAAUGAAGAAGAUGAGGGAGAGCUGGAUGCUAGUAUUGUUGGAGAUGACGCUGCUGGAGGAGCGGGUUAA